AUGAGAUUCACACUUCUGCCCCGAACUUUUUUCCUAAAAUUUCUGUUUUCAGAUUAUCCAAGUAUAAGCCAUGAUAGUGACGAGGCUGAUGACGACAUAGCCGACUUCACUGAUGAGAUUGGAGAUUUCACAAAGAAGUACAAUGCCUUCCGCAUGCACAUUUCUGGACCAAACAGCCAGCACAAUGCAGAUUUCGCAGAGACAACAGCUGAUUCUACUGUUGAAAAAAAGAGGAAACGCGUCAAGGAUAGAGCAGAUCGUGCAACAGUUGAACAGGUACUAGAUCCACGAACUAGACUCGUUCUAUUUCGACUUCUCCAGCGUGGAACCUUGACCAAUAUACACGGUUGCAUUUCAACAGGCAAAGAAGCCAAUGUUUAUCACGCCACUGAUGAACAAGGUUCCUUAGCAGUGAAGAUUUACAAAACGAGCAUUUUGACAUUUAAGGAUCGUGAGCGCUAUGUGGCUGGUGAGUAUAGAUAUCGAACCGGCUAUUGCAAACACAAUCCUCGAAAAAUGGUAGCAGUUUGGGCGGAAAAGGAAAUGCGAAAUCUGCUACGAAUGCAUCAAGCGGGUCUUCCUGUCCCAAAACCUCUUUUGUUGAAGGGGCAUGUGCUGGUCAUGGAAUUCAUUGGUCGUGAUGGAUGGGGUGCUCCACUUUUGAAGAAUGCUACCUUGUCAUUAGAGGCUGCCGAGAAGUUAUAUCUUCAACUCGUACGCGACAUGCGUACGUUAUAUCGUUCAUGUAAAUUAGUUCACGCCGAUCUCUCCGAGUAUAACACUCUCGUCCUUGAUGAUCGCUUGUUCAUAAUCGAUGUCUCACAAUCCGUUGAACACGACCAUCCUCACGCCUUAGAUUUUCUGAGAUCCGACUGUAACAACGUUUGCAAGUUCUUCAGAGGAUUGGGAGUACCUGUGCUACCGGUGUCAAAGUUAUUUGAGCUUAUAGUUGAUCCUCUCAUCAAGGAUAACGAUGUUUCCAAUUGCUUAGAAAAUCGAACACUUGAUCCAUCAGACGAUGCCCUCUUUAUGAAUGCAUUCAUCCCUCAUAAACUCGAUCACGUCCUACAUUUCGAGAGAGACAGUAAAUUACUGAAGGCUGGUGAAGAGGCGAACAAUCCGUUCCAGAAUAUCAUUUCCAAGGUCGAUGUGUUGGGUCAAGGUUUUGAGGAGCGCGUAGUUUCUUCAUCUGAUGACGAAUCUAUUUCGCAAGGCCAUUCUGACGGCGAUGGGAAGAUCGUAGUGGAGACGAAAGGGAGGGUCACCAACGAGACGCCCGAACAACGGAAAGCAAGAAAACAACUGAUAAAGGAAGAGAAACGGGAGGCUCGGAAAACCAAAAUCCCUAAGCAUGUGAAGAAGCGCGCUCAUCGGCAGCACAUGAAAUAG